AUGACUUCCAAAACAACUGAAAUUCAACAUGCCUAUUCAAUUGCUGGAUUUCUCCAUAUGAAAUAUCUUGGUGGUGCAUUGGCUUUAUGGCGACCACGCCGACGAUUCUAUUUUGCCAUUGACGAGAUUACCGAAGAGCUCGUCUAUUACAAAACGGAAGGGGAGUUCACUUCGCAUCGCGAGCCGGUGGGGUCGUUUCCGAUUUCGAAUUCGGUGAUUACAUUGGACGAGAAUAAUCAUUUGAUUUUCAUUUUGCACGUCUCUGGCAGAAGCAUCGAAUUCGAGGCAGACAACGAAGAGUCGUGUCGUGCCUGGUUGCACACGUUCUGUAAUCGGUAUUCAGAAGCUGAGAGGACCAAAUAUCAAAUGAUGACUCAUAGGAAAAUCAAAAAAGCCUCCAGCCUGCCGGACCAAGAGUCAACAACCGCCGCUACAGACCAGCAUAUACCAUUCAGAAAACACUCGGUGCCUGCACAGAACUUGGUCACGACUAGAAAUUUCAUCAUGCCUCCACCAGAUAUUGCGGAAGGCUAUUUGCCAGACGAGGAGAUGGAUGACUGGGUGACUCAGUGGUUGACAAACGAGAAAUUUCACAAUUUUCCUUCAUGUACCGAUAUGACAACUCCAACAUCGACUAAUCAGAGCAAAGUGGACACUUGUAGUGAAAGUGAAAGAGCCGAAAGCGAGGAAUUGGAUCUAUUGAGGGAAAUAACAAACAAUCAAAAGAAGAAGAUUGAGGAUAUGAAGCACGAAAUGAAUGCAAUGACUUUGCACAUUGACCAAAUGAGAAAAAGAGCCGACUCUACAAAUGGCACCGACCGGGAUACCUUAUCCGCACAAAACAAAUUCCUAAACUCUGAGAUUUUGAGGAUGAGCGCCAAAUGUGAAAUUCUCACUAUGCAAAGUAGCGGGAAUAGAAAAUCUCAUAGAGAAAACAAGCGGUUGACAGAAGAACUUCAACUUUUGCGUUGUGAUUAUGUCUAUGCGAUUCAAUCAACUAUUCGAAUACCACUACAUGACAACACAGCAAUGGAUGUAAUGUCGGUGAAGUUGUUAGGAGGAGAAACACACAAGUCUCGCCUCAUUCAACUAAUGGCAGAAGCUCGUCAACAUGACCCUAGUCUACCAACCUUACAAAGUCUCCUACAAGGGAUUUACGUAGACUCAUUUGGUUUCCGUAUCAGUUUCAAGGAAGAACCAAAUGCUCUACAUUAUAUGGCAACUAAACUCAACCAUUUUUAUGCAAAUCGUUCGAAAUCUGCUAGUGAGCACAAGUACAAUUGGAAGAGGUUUUUGGAAGAAAAUGACUUUAUUGAUCUAACGCCAGAAACUAAAAUAAUGUGCCGAAAAGGUAUUCCAAAUUCUCUGAGAGCUACAGUGUGGAAGAUUCUAAUCAAUCAGCAAGUUGAAGAUUUGAAAAAUGUUUAUGGAAAGUACUACUACAGAAAUCUGUGUAACAUUCAAGGUGGUGAAGAUGAGAAAACAUACUCGGACGUGCAUCAAAAGCAAAUAAAUUUGGAUUUAUUAAGAACAAUGCCGAAUAACGUGCAUUUCAUGAGUGCAAACAGUAAAGGGGUAACCCAACUCUUACAAGUCCUUCACGCAUUUUGCCUCCACAACUCCCAAAUCGGAUAUUGCCAAGGAAUGAACUUUCUUGCGGCUACUGCUCUUCUGUUCGUUGGCCCUGAAGAUGCGUUUUGGUUUCUAAUUGCGGUCACCGAGCGAUACUUUGACAAAACCUAUUUCGAUAGCAACCUUACCGGUGCACAGGCUGAUCAAGAAGUUUUGAAAGGUCUACUUGAAGUUCAACAUCCUAAAAUUAUGAAACAUCUCAAGAGUUUGGAUAUUGACGUCGCAAGUUUUACAUUGAACUGGUUCAUUUCAUUGUUUUUUGAUGCUGUUCCAUUUAACACUUUGCUCAGAAUUUGGGACUGCUUUUUAUUAGAAGGCCCAAAAGUGCUCUUUCGUUUUGCAAUUGUGCUUAUUGGAAAGCAUGAAGAAGAGAUCAUCAGUAGAGGUGACGCUAUUGGGAUUAUGAGAGUAUCCAAAGCAGCAACAAAGUUGGCAUUUGACGAAGAGGCAAUAGUUAAUAUGGCAUUCCGGAUACCCAAUUUGCCAACAAGAAUUGAAUUGAAAAAUAUGCAACUUCAAUACGUAAAUUUGCUGGCAGAACGAUUAGAGAAGAAAAUGAGGCGAGCUAAUGAAUUUGUGAAAAGCAUUGCUAAUAAUUUGACUAAUGAAAAGCUAAUCUCAAAUAUAUUCAUCGACACAUUCACUCCAAACACUGGAUUCAUAGUUUCCGGUCAUCAUUUAAUGGGGAAAAUUGCUGGAAUUAAAGUAGUCAAGGACAAAGCAUGUAUGAAGAAUAUUGAUGUUGAAUUCGACUGUCGUGUAAUGUCAAUUUGCAUGGUACGGAAAGAUAUGGCCUAUGUGAGCUUGAUAUCAGGGUAUUUAAUUGCAGCACACGUAAACAGUGAAAAUGAGUGGAGCAUUUUAUGGGAGCUCAAACUUCCCGACGUGGCAACUUUUCUUAUUCACCAAGAGAACACUCUGUUUGCUGGGCUCGCCAAUGGUAUUCUCACAGUCUUUGAAAACGCUGGAGAGCGUUGGCCAACCAGUGUCCAAAUGUGGCACAUGCCACUCAGUUCCUCUCCGUUGACAAACGCUGUUAUUCAUGACGAUACAUUGGUUGUAGCAACUGCUUGCAAGUUAAUAACCCUCGAUGCUCAAUCUUUGACGACGCUAUCGACCACCCAUGUGGCAUCGUCUAAUGUUGGAUCGGGUGUGAUUUAUUUUGAUAAAAUCACCUGUAUGACCGAAUCACCGUUUGGUAUUUUUCUAACUACCAACCACUCAACAUUAAUUCAACUAUGGCAUGACACCGCCUGCAAUUUGUUGUAUGAUAUUUCUUUCGACCACAAAACACGAAAACCAUCACUAUCAGACACAGAAAAUAGUAACUAUGUAGAAUCAAUGCUGUUUAAUGAUGAAACGUUAUGGUUGGGCACUUCUGAUGGAUACGUUUUUAUUUAUAACGUUGAAAAUGAAACAGGAAAGGAGGAAGUAAAAUAUAAGCUGAAAAGAUUUCCUGGUGAAAAACGGCCGAGUCGGCGUGGAUCGUCUGCAAGAUCUCAAAGACUCGGUUCUCUUAUUGAGAAUAAUGAUGAAAGUGAUGAUAAUGAAACUGUACCAAUCUUUUGUGCUGAAAAGCGCGCAAGUCGGGUUAGCAUUUCCAUAGACAGAGAAACACACCAAUAUAGCAUUGCUUCAUUCCAACAAAAUCCAGAAGAUGUAGAUUUUCCGGGCAGCACAUACAGCAGAUUAAACAGCUCUUCAUCGAAAACUUUGAGAUCUCCCAUGAAAAAGGGAUUUAGUGCGGAUUCGGCGGUUUCUGUUUUCAGCUCCGAGCCCAAUGAGUUAAUUGAAAAAUGCGAUGAAAACUUUCUGUCAGUGAAGAAAGAAAAAGAUUCUCCGAGAUUCAGGGACAAUAGAUUCUUCAGUUCAACGAAUUCCAGUUGUACUUCAAUGGAAUAUGACGACACUUUUGAGCUAUACUCGGAUGAAGAACGAUCAAGAAGAAGAGUUGCAAUAACGUCUCAUAAACGAUUUGCCACUCCAUCAAAACAACUUAAUCUUCAGCGGAAAGAUUUAACAUUUGAUGAUCCGUACAUUGUCCCAGUCCCAGAAAGUGCUGAUAAAGAAACAUCGAACGAUGUAGAGGACAGUGCAGUGGUCUCCAGCGUCAGGUUGUCCUUGUUCAUGAAAUUGAAAAUAUCGGAGACUUCCGUCAGAAAGAUAAUUUCUAGCGGCGAGCACCACAUUCUUACCUGCUCUGGAGAGUUUGGCGCCGACGAAGCAGUGUUGCUUUGGAGGAAAGAUAUUUCCACAAAUCUUUGGAUCAAUGAUCCAGUAACCCACGAAGUUCCAAACAUACCUCCAUCGUCAAAAACGUCCUCUUCAACACCAGCUUCCAUUCAAUCAUUAUCAUUUCGAUCGAAAUGAAAACAAAAUAUUAAAGUCCCUUUUCAGUGUACAUAUGUUAAUCACAGUGAUGUAUUUAUUUUCGAUAAUAAAAUCACAAAAUGAC